UUUUUAGUUGUGUUAAAGCCUCAUUACCCAUUGAAGCUUCUUCAGGAAAUAGAUCUAUUCAUUUAUAAUCAACAGAUGGACUGCUGCACUGUGUCGCUGUGGUGUUUUAUACCACUUUAUUUACUUCUUCACUUUCUAUGUUUCAUUUUCAUGGACGCGGACUUCACUCUGCUGUUGGCACGUCUGAUAGGUCACAGACCAGAGAAAAAGCUGAGGCGGCUGGUGGUGUGGAUCACUGGAGCUUCAAGUGGUAUUGGAGAGGAGCUGGCCUAUCAGCUGGCACGGUGUGGGUCUCGACUCAUCCUGUCUGCAAGACGCGAGGAUGAGCUCAAGAGGGUGAAAAGUCAAUGUUUAGAGCGCUCUGACCUCCAGGAUGAAGAUAUUCUUGUUCUCCCACUUGAUUUGUUGGAGAGGACGUCACACGAAGAAAAAACAUACACUGCUAUCCAGUACUUUGGACGUAUUGACGUCCUCAUUAACAACGGUGGCCGAAGCCAGCGCUCUCUGUGCGAGGAGACCAGUGUUGAUGUGUAUCAGGCUUUGAUGGAGCUGAACUUCCUGGGCACAGUCUCCAUCACAAAGCAGGUGCUGCCCCACAUGACGCAGCAGGGCUCUGGGAGCAUUGUGACUGUGAGCAGUAUUGUUGGCAUUGCUGGAGCGCCGCUGUCAACAGGAUACUCUGCCAGCAAACAUGCUCUGCAGGGCUUCUUCAACUCCCUGAGGUCUGAGCUGACUGACUUUCCAAACAUACUCAUCAGCACUGUGUUACCAGGACCUGUGCAAUCCCAGAUUGUCAAAAAUGCCUUCACAGAGGAAAUAAACAAGCCUGUGACCUUAGCCGGUAGUCAAGAACACAAGAUGCCAACAAGCCGCUGUGUGCGUUUGAUGCUGGUGGGAAUUUCCAAUGGAGUCAAGGAAAUGUGGAUCGCACAGCAGCCCUUCCUCCUGUUUUACUAUGUCUGGCAGUACACUCCCACACUUGCCUGGUUUGCCACAAAUCUGUUGGGCAGAAAAAGGGUGCAGAAUUUUAAAGCUGGUCUGGAUGCAGACUCUGCGUACUUCACGAAGCCCAAGACCUCCUGAAAGACAAAUACACAAGAAGAAAUGAGUCAGUUGCAUUCUGCAAUCAACCAAUCGAAUGGAGAGUGGGUUGUCCUGCUACAUUUUGAGGUCGUUGCCUUCUGCUGGAAAGAAAACAUCUAACGAUUGCUCUCCUGUUACAGCAUGACAGAGUGUGACAAAACAAGAACAUAUGUCAUGUUUUGAACUCUAAUGUAAAGUCAAUCCUAUAUUUUCCUGUUUUGUAAUGAACACUCAGAUUAUGUGAGUGUCUGGGUGUUAACCUACAUGAAUGUAUUCAACUUGUACUGAACUUUUGAUCAAUAACAUUUGAACAUUUUUCGCACAGGCAACGUAAUCAUGUGAAACGCAACAAAUUAGCUUCUGCCAAGCUCUUUUAUUAUAAGUAUACAGUUCCACAUAUAAAAAUCAAUGAUAUGUACAAGAGACUAUGGACAAAUUCAUUUCUUUUCGUACUUAAUUGUAAACAAGUGAAUUGUAAACAGAACAAUAGCACUAAACACCUUACACAUACAGCAAGACAUACGCAAGGCACAUCCUU